GCUUAUAAAACAAUUUGGACCACUCAUUCGCUUAUGGACGAUGCGGUUUGAGAGCAAACAUACCUAUUUUAAACAAUGUGCUAGAAAAUUGCACAACUUCAAAAAUGUAUGUGCAACACUUGCAGAAAGGCACCAGCUUCUCCAAGCCUAUUUAAGUGCUGGAAACCUCUUUCAGCCUUCUGUGCAAGUUGAAAAAGGCUCUGAAUUUUAUUCAUGUGAUUUUAACGAAGCGAUCAGGGAAUCAGUUGAUCAUUUUGAUUUUCAGCCAGGCAAUACAUUAGUAGCUACUGAAAUCACUUUGAAAGGAACAAAGUACAGGAAAGGCAUGGCUGUUCUUUUGGCCAGUAAUGAUGAGGGUUUGGAGGUUGGCAGAAUUAAACUAAUUCUUGUUCACAAGAAUGCUGUGGUUUACUUUGUGUCUGAGAAACGGUGUGCUGUGCGGUUGGUGGAUUUGGGUGUAUACUGCAUAACAGAUGAGGACCCAAGACAUGUCUGUGUACUUCAAGAGGAUCUAUUAGAUUAUUACCCUCUCCAGGAGUAUAACACAUGUGGCGUGUCUGUGAUUGUGUUACACCACUCUUUUCCAUCUUUUUAAGGUAUGUCUAAUUUAGAGGAAAUAAGACUUACCAUCUCCUCUUCGUUACCUGGUAUCUCUGAUGAAACGCUUCAAAAAUGUAUCCAUGGUCUUUCUGCUAUUGGUGUUGAGACAAAAGAUGACCUCCAGUAUGUCAAAGAAGAAGACCUCAUGGAAUUCCUCAGGCCAAUACAAUGCCGCAAACUACUGAAUGCAUGGAAAAAUGAAGAACAAUCCAGCUCCUCGACACCCCAACGUUCAUCGUGUCAAGUUCUUUCGGAUAUAUCAAGCCCAGGAUCAGAGAGUUCAAGCUCUACACCAUCUUGUUCUACUGCUUGCUUUUCAGCUUCUUGCGCCUGGGCUGAAACCUUUAAGGUGCCUUGGGAAGUCAUGCCUUCCGAAAUUAAACUGGCCAUUGCAAAUAAAAAAAGACCAUCACCAGCUGAUCGAAGGAAGCUAGUAAGAAUGUUAGUGGAUAACAUGCAAAAACAUGAAGUAAACCCAACAAAGGCACAGUGUCAGAUCGUAGUGCAGAAUAUUGUUAAGCAGUACCCGGACAGCUUUGCUGAUGUUCUGUCUGAUGGAACAAAAAUAGGUAGUGGGUAUGCCUCUUUGCUCUUGCAAGUCAAAACCCGUGUGGAACAUGUAAACAGAAACAACACGUUAGCUCGUCGGAGAAAAGAACGACUACGAUCAUCGUGUAAAACCAUAUGUCAGAGCUCACGAAGACUGGCUGAUCAAUAUGGUUGUGUCAGUUGGCAGCCUGAGGAGUUUCCUGCAGGAGAAAAUGAUGACACUCUAGAAGAGAAGCGCAAGCAAAUGGUGCUGCUUCAUUCUACUGAAGGAAUGUCUGGAGCCAAUAGAGGAGAACUUCACAAGUUGAUGGAGGUCACAUAUUACCGUCAGCGCCGUGAUAUAAACGCCACUCCACCACUUUCUGAACUAAAGAACUCAUGGCCUUACCUGUUUAGUCUGAAGGGGAUCUUUUUACAUUUCCAAUUGCUUACUGACAUCUCACUGCUUCAAAAAAUCAUGGAGAGCAUUGAAGGGAAAGGAAAGAGGAUUCUAAGAUUUUUUCAAGAAAAGCCAACAAACAAAGAGGUGUGUGCUGUUCUGUCAAAGUAUCAAGAGGGAAAUUCUCUGGUCCUGUGCAUCUUGAAACUCUUAAUGGCCCAUUUCAAAGAGAGAACAGAAUCACUUCUAAUUGAAGCUGAUGCAGCAGCAACUGCAGCCGAGAUGGAAAGAGAGGGAUUACCGGAUUCACCCGCACUGAUCAUCCAAGGUGAAUCCAUGACCCCAAGCAAGUGGAUGUUGUCCGUCGAGAGGGAAGUUGUCCUGGGCCCGUUUUCAGAGGCAUUUGUUGAGGGCCUGGCAGCAUUGUUUGCGACCUAUUACAACUUAAAUCUUGCUUAUCAGGAUGACGCUGCAUGCACGCUGGAAUUUAUUCAGAGAGGACUUGUGGGCAUCAACCCGGAAGCUGGAUCAAAAGUUGCUGCUGGAAAGCGAGACAAGAAAAUGCAUGGAAUGAACCCACAUGUAUGCACACUGUUGCGUAAACUAAUGGACUUUGAAUGGCUUGUCAUUUAAAGUAUUCCCAUAGAAUUGAUACCAGAGACUGACCCAUUUUGCAAGUUCAUAUUCUUGCCUUUAAGGUAGGCAUUCAGACCAUUUCUUUUAGUUUAUGACUUAAGAACGAUUACUUUAGGAAUGUGUGCACUGCAUAGUUAAUAUAUGUGCUGCUGUUCU